CGCCGCCGCCACCGCCACUGCCGCCGGCGCCGCUCCUCCUCCGUGUCAGUUGUUGAGCUGUAAUGGCGACUGGGCCGCCGCUGCCGAAGUGACUCCCGGGGCGGGGGAGCGGGGCCGGACCUGCGCCUGAGAGGACUGCGGAGAGCCGCAGCUCGGGAGGGGGCUCGCGGCGGGGCAGAGGAAGGCCGCCUCUGCGCCUCUCCUUCCUUGCCUGCCGCCCGGCGGAUCCCGGGAGCCGGGGCGAGGCGGGCACCCGGUGCGUCCCCGGAGCGGGGAGGCCAGGCCGGGCAGCCCUGGGGCCGGUCGGGGCGGCGUCACUGCACCCUCCGCCAGGCCCCGCGGGAUGCACCGUGGGAGCCGAGGGCGGAGGCGACACUCUCAGGUAAAUUGGCAAGAUGAGGAGCAGCAAGUCAAAAGAGGUGCCUUUACCAAAUCCCAGGAACUCUCAGAGCAAGGAGACUAUUCAAGAUGUAACCACAUCAUGGGAUGCACUUUCUCAGACCAAGGCUGCUCUGAGACACAUUGAGAACAAAUUAGAAGUAACUCCUACAAGCACAGCUGUAAUCGAUUCUGUGAUGGAUACUAAGAAGUCUGCAAGUGCUACCCGAAAAAUAAGUAGGAAAGAUGGGAGAUGUCUAGAUGAUUCUUGGGCCAGUGCUCCAACUUCCAAAUUUUCCAAACCACGGAAAGAGAAAUCCCGUAGUCCUCUCAGGGCUACCACCCUGGAAAGUAAUGUUAAGAAAAACAAUCGUGUGGAGUUCCGUGAACCUUUGGUUUCUUAUAGGGAAACCCACGGUACACCUUUCAGCUUAAGUCCCAGUCAUCUGGAGUCAAAGCAUGUCUAUUGUAUUCACGAGGAGAAGCCCGAGAGUGGGAAGCAGAUGGUAGUUAGUCGGGAAGACCGGAAUAUCCAGUGCUGUGAUUUUGAGAGUGCUCAGCCCUCGGUCAUCAGUGAUACAGUUGUUAGAUUUUUAAAUGAUGGACCAGCAAUUGAUGCAUUGCACAGUUCUGAAUGUUUAAUGAAAAUGGGAGUACAUGUAAGAACUGAGGAUGAAAUGCCUAACAGAACAAAAGGAAGUGAGAACAAUUCAAAGCCUUCUCUUAACAACAUGGAACAUGAUGUUGAUCCGAAAGUGAUGCUGCUGUCUGACUCUUCUCCAUCCUCUAGUGCCUGUAAUUCCCAAAGAUCAGAUAUUUCAAAGCGGCAGCAACAUGAUAUUAAACUGGAAAAACUUAAAGAGCGGAUUAGGAAACAGUGGGAACACUCAGAAGAAAUAAACGGCCAGGCCCAGACUCUAGGUCAUAUUGACCAUCCAGUAAUGGUUGUUAAUGUUGACAACUCGGUGACAACGAAAGUCAGGAAAGUGGCAACAGCACCACCUGCUCCAGCAUACAAAGGUUUCAACCCGUCAGAGACCAAGAUUCGCACUCCUGAUGGAAAAGUGUGGCAGGAGGCGGAGUUUCAAAGCAUGAGUAGAGAGCUGUACCGAGACUUAGCACUUCAGUUCACAGAUGAUACCUCUGUAAAAGAGAAGCCUGUUGAAAAAAGUAAAGAGAAGAAAGUGGUUAAACCAGUACGAAAAAUCCAAAAAGUGACACAGUUAUCAAAUCCAGAAUGCAAAACAGGUAGCAGUCGUUUGAUAAGUACAUCUUCUUGGCGAGAUGGACAAAAAUUAGUAAAGAAGAUUCUGGGACCUGCACCCAAGAUGGAGCAAAAAGAGCGAAGACCCACAUCGAAUGACAGAAGUGGAAGAGAAAGAGUGGCUAAAUUUGGGGGCCAUAUUGGAAGAGCAGAAUCGGACCCCAAAUUGGAUGUUUCACAUAAACAGCUUCCACGAAGCUCAGCACGUUCAAGAAGUAGUAGAGCUUGGUCUGAAACUAAUAUAGUGAAAUCAGCUCUGUCCCUUCCAGACAAUAAGCAGGAGGAAAGCGCUGCCUUAAACAAGGAUUUUUUGCCAGUUGAAAUUCGUGGGAUUCUUGAUGACUUACAGCUAGAUUCUUCAGCUCAAGCUGUGAGGCAAGAGGCUGGAGAGGGACAGAAUCAGAAGUCAUCGGCCCCUGAACAAGUACCUCGGAGUCACAGCCCCGUGAAAAGAAAGCCAGACAAAAUAACAGCGAACGAGGAUCCGCCUGUGAUUUCCAAGAAGCGCCACUAUGACACAGAUGAGGUACGACAGUACAUUGUUAGACAGCAGGAGGAGAGGAGGAGGAGGCAACACGAAGAGAAGAAGGCUCAGAAGGAGGCUACGGAGCAGAAGAACAAACGAUUACAGGAGCUCUACCGGAGACAGAGGGAAGCCUUCUCUAAAGCAAAAACUGUGCCUCCUUCUGACCCAUUGGUCUCUAGACGGCUUCAGGAAACUUACUCCAAAUUGCUACUAGAAAAGACUUUGCUUGAAGAACCAGCCCGUCAGCAUGUUACACAGGACAUACAGGCCAGACCUGGGUAUCAGCCAUCUGGAGAAUCUGAUAAAGAAAACAAAAUACAGGAGCGUCCCCCAAGUGCGUCUUCCAGUAGUGACCUGUCCCUGUCAGAGCCUCCACAACCUCUUGCAAGAAGAGACUUGAUGGAGCCUACAUGGAUGCAGCCUGACAGACUGAGCCCUCGAGUUCACAGUUCUCAAGCCCAGCCCCUCGCUGGAACGACUGAGAAUUUACUCUCCCAUCUCCUGCAUCUUGAGCAUGUAGGAAUUUUGCACAAGGACUAUGAAUCUGUUUUACCAGCCAAGAAGAGUCAUAAUACGGCUUCAGGACCGUUAACUUUCACACCUCAACCAUAUCUGACCUCACAAGCUCCUCAUCCAGAUGCCUUGUUGAAACCUAGUACCAGCCAAUAUAAGACUAAACUGGAUCGUAUUGAAGCCCUGAAAGCAACAGCGGCCUCUCUGUCCAGUAGGAUUGAGAGUGAGGCUAAGAAACUAGCUGGGGCCAGCAUUAACUAUGGGUCAGUGUGGAACACCGAGUGUGAUGUGAAGCUAGCACCUCAAGAGAAUGGACCUUGGACUAAAGCUAUCAGUCCACCUGUGAAAGAGGACAUUGAAGAUGCUUUCUCUGCCCGGAUUCAGAAGAUGCUGGGAACCUGUGUGUCUCAUGCAGCUUUUGACGAUGAGCUUCCUGGUGUAGGCAGCCUUAGUGAAUAUAAAAAACUUCCUGAGAUGAUCAGACCCCAGAGUGCCAUAUCAAGCUUACGAAUGAAAUCCCCUAGUCCUAAGCCAGGAGGGCUGCUGGCACAGUUGUGCAGGAGGCAGACAGAUUCUUCCAGCUCUGACAUACAAGCCUGUUCUCAAGAAAGAGCCAAAAGGUCUCUUUGUUCCAGCAUAGACUCAGUCAGUGAAGGGCCUCUUCUUAGUGAAGGGAGUCUCUCUGAGGAAGAAGAACGCCGGGAUGCACGGCCCCUUUUGAAGGUAGCGGAAAUUUUAAAGGAAAAAGAAUUCUGUGCUGGGGAGAGAAACUCUUAUGAACCCAUCAAAGAGUUUCAGAAAGAAGCUGAGAAAUUCUUGCCACUUUUUGGGCACAUAGGUGGUACACAAAGCAAAGGACCAUGGGAAGAACUGGCAAAGGGAAGUCCACACAGCGUCAUUAAUAUUUUUACUAAGUCAUAUCAGUUAUAUGGAAAAGGGUUUGAAGACAGGGGAACAUUGGUAUCACGGCCUUUGAAUGCCACCGCAACCCCACUCAGCAGCGUUUCCUAUGAAGAUGAUUUUGUCUCCUCUCCAGGAAGUGGGACACUGACAGAAAGGAAGUCAACUCUUGAAUCCCAAGUUGAUGGUAGCAGCUUGGGCGUUCAGGAGGAGCAUCUGAGCAGACAGUUUGCCUGUGACCUUGCCUCUGUGGAUGCUACCUCCCAGCACUCCUCGGGAGCUCGCUCUGCUGGGUCCACUCGCUCCUCCUCAGCUUCUAAAGGGAAGAAGGGGAAGAAAGACAAGAUGGACUGGUUGGAUUCCCUCACUGGAAGUGCUCAGAACCCACUCAUUGAUGAGGAAAAAGUACAGUCAGACUCAGAACGCGGCUCCCAUCCAAGCAGGAAGCUUGGGACUGGCAGCAAACUUGCUGUUGGAGACUCUGAGCAGACUCUGGAUGCUGAGAGCACACUGGAAGACCUGUCUGGGCACUCUGUGAGUGGCUCUUCAGACAAGGGAAGAUCUCAGAAGACUCCAACUUCUCCCCUAUCUCCAAGUUCACAGAAAUUGUUACAGUUUGACCUUCCUGGGACUUCCUUAGAAAGAUCUAAGUCCUCAGUCAUAGUACCUCCAACUACAACUGGAUUUAAGCCCACUGCAGCUUUUACUGACGUGAAUAAAACAGAGAUGGCUUCAGCACCAGGUCCUCAGCGUUUCUCUCCUGCUGGCCUUCAGCAUCGCAUGGCUGCAGAACUCAGUUACCUGAGUGCUCUCGAGGAGUCAGUGCGCCAGCUGUCCGACGUGGAGAGAGUUAGGGGCAUUGCCCUCGCUCAGCAGGAGAGUGUAUCUCUGGCUCAGAUCAUAAAGGCACAGCAGCAACGUCAUGAAAGAGAUUUGGCCUUAUUGAAGCUAAAAGCUGAACAGGAGGCUUUGGAGUGUCAGAGACAGUUAGAAGAAACCCGGAACAAAACAGCUCAGGUCCAUGCAGAAUCUUUACAGCAGGUGGUUAAAUCACAAAGAGAAGUGACUGAAGUCCUCCAGGAAGCAACUUGUAAAAUAGCAGCUCAGCAAUCAGAGACCGCGCGCCUCACCACAGAUGCAGCGCGGCAGAUCUGUGAGAUGGCAGAACUAACUCGAACACACCUCGCAGAUGCCAUCACAACUUCUGGAGUUCCCCUAGCAACACUGUACGACCACCAGCGGCAGCAUUUUCCAGACUUCAUGAGAAAACUGAGGACCAAAGCUGAAACAGAUAGUUUUAGGAUAAGUCAUUCUGCUUCACACUCCCAGAGUAAAGAAGGCGCUGUGGACUCCAAGCGGCAGAAGUUCUCCCCUUCCCGUGACAGUUACUCUGAGUCUUCAAGAUACAAGAGUCAUGAUUACCGGAGUAGUAGUGGUAGCAGCCGACAGGACAGCCCUUCCGUUCCACCCAGUAAGGAGAAUGAGAAGCCAUUCCAUGGUGAGAAGAUGGAGAGCUCAGUUGAUGAACAGUUGCAGACAGCCGCAGAUGAUUCCUUACGAAGUGACAGUAUUCCGUCUCUGCCUGAUGAGAAAGACUCAACUUCUAUUGCAACAGAAUACUCCCUGAAAUUUGAUGAAUCUAUGACAGAAGAUGAAAUAGAAGAAAAGUCAUUUCGCUCUCUACUACCUUCUGAGAGUCAUCGUAGAUUUAACAUGGAAAAGAAAAGAGGCCAUCAUGACGACUCGGAUGAGGAUGCUUCCCCAGACAAGACUGCUCUGUCUUCUACCAAGGAGCUGAGCAUGCCAUUCUCAGGAGGACAGGAUAGCUUUUCUAAGUUCACCAUGGAGAUGGUGCGGCAGUACAUGAAGGAAGAGGAAGUGCGCGCAGCUCACCAGUCCUCACUUCUGCGUCUUCGAGAAAAGGCCUUAAAGGAGAAGACAAAGGCCGAACUAGCCUGGCUAGAGCAUCAGAAAAAGCAUCUACGAGACAAAGGAGAGGAUGAUAAGAUGCCCCCACUCCGGAAGAAACAGCGUGGUUUGCUUUUAAGACUUCAGCAAGAAAAGGCAGAAAUCAAACGUCUUCAAGAAGCCAAUAAGGCAGCCCGGAAAGAGAGGCAGCUGAUCCUUAAGCAGCAGGAGGAGAUCGAGAGGAUCCGCCAGACCACCAUAAAACUGCAGGAGAAGCUCAAGUCUGCAGGGGAGAAGAAAUUGGGCUCUCUUGCUGAUGAUGAUGAAGCAGAGGACAACAAGGCAGCUAGUCCUGGGCCACCCGGCUUGGAGACCCGCAGUCCUUCCCCGAUAUCGAUUUCCAGCAGUGAGACCAGCAGCAUCAUGCAGAAGCUCAAGAGCAUGAGAAGCCGCAUGGACGAGAAACACUGCUCUCCUGUUCACUACUUCUUCUCUGUCUUUACGUCUCACCACUGGGCCUCUCUCAGUGUCUGUUUCCCCAACCUUCAUCCCAAAUUCCAGCUGUAUAUCUACAACCAGUUGGUCAGGUUCCUGACGAAGCGAGAACAGAAGCUCAUGCAGCGCCGCCAGCACGCAGAGGAGCUCCUGGAGUGGAAGCGGCGUCUGGAUGCAGAAGAAGCGGAAAUCCAACAAAUGGAAAAACAAGCUUUGGCUGCCUGGGACAAAGAACUAGUAAAACCCAGAACUCCUAAGAAAGAACAGGAGAGCCAGAGAACAGAGCAGAAAGGAAUAGCAAGUGAAGAGGGAUCACCAAUGCCUUCUUACUCUCCGAGGAACAGUGAAAGUUGUAUUCCAGAAGACCUCGGCAGUCCUUCUGACUUAUGUGUUCCUUCUGAGGCUAGGGUACAGGCACAGCCUGGGAGUCCAGAGCACAGCACACUUACUGAGGAGAUGGUUUUUUCACAGGAGCUGGAAUCUACCUCUCCUAGCAAACAUUCACCUCCCAAAAGUUGCUUAUCUAUGUCAAAGCAAGAAUCUAGCAAAGCAAGUCACAGGACUGAAGGACACUGUCAUCUGCCUGUCAAGUCUCACCAACCCUGUUACAGUUGGUCAGAUGAGUCACUGUCUAUGACACAGUCAGAAACCACAUCUGACCAGAGUGACAUUGAAGGGAGGAUCAGAGCUCUGAAGGAUGAGCUGCGGAAGAGGAAGUCAGUCGUGGAGCAGCUGAAGAGGGAGCAGAGGAAGAGACAGAAGGAGAGACUGAAGGCCCAGGAGGCCAGUCUGCUCAGACAGCUGGAGACUUAUGAUGAAUUCAUUAAGAAAACUGAAGGUGAACUCAGCCAAGAUCUAGACAUAUCCCCAACAUCCAAAUUUCAAAUGAAAACUCUCUCCUCCGUAUCCGAAAAACCCAAAAUCAAGCCACACCCACUACACAGAUCUGAAACAGCAAAAACUUGGAAAUCUGUAACAGAGUCAGAGCGUUCCAGAGGGUCCUUGGCAUCCAUUGCUGAACAUGUUGAUUCUUCAUUAUCAUGUUCUGAGAGAGCCAUAUCAGAAAGGUCACUAUCUGCAUAUGCAAAGAGAGGGGUUGAGUUGGACAGCCGGAUAGAACAUUUGCAAGCCUCAUCUCCAGAUCUGUCAUCUAGAAAAGCACAGACAGAGUCUAGAGAUUCUCUUGAAAGCGCACCCUCGUUAUCUCCUGUGAAGGAAUUAAAUGCACCUGAUCGGAUUUAUGAUGUGUCAGAGGCUAAGGCUGAAGAUACUAGUCAGAAAUCAGAAAUACAAGAAAUAGAGUCCAUGAAACUGGAGAGCAGUGAGGUUGAAGAUGCCUGCUGUAAGCAGUCAGGCGGAUCUGAAGUCCUACUGAAACUAGACCUGGCCUCUGAAACCCUGUCAAGUAAAGAACUUCCCUCAGACUCUGCAAAUGUGCAGCAAGACUUAGAUAAACCAGCCACAGAAACGUCUCAUGAAAAAGAGGAAGCACUGAAAGAGGAUCAGUCCAAUCACAGUACAGAUGACCGCAGUCCAGACAUCCAGUCAGCAGGAGGCAUCCCUGAGCAAGGAUGCAGAGAGAGUGGGGACUCCACAUGCUCAGGACAGCUUUCUGUUCCUAAAGAGUCGUCCUACUCUGAAGAUUUUGAAGUGUCUUCUUUCAGGAAAGGGAUUUCUGCUGACGAGAUUAGUAAAGAUGACUCUGAGGGGUCCUCACCAUCGUCGCUCAGGAAGGACUCUCAGUCUCACAGAGAUAGGUCACAGCUCACAAGGAGCUCCAGAAGCAGAGCCACCGGGUCUGGAAGCGAUGAGGAGAUCAGCGAGUGUCUCGGUGAGAAAAGCCUCUCUGUUCAUAGUGGCGUCCACUCGGAAAGGCUGCUGGAGCUCAGGUCACCCACAGAGCUAAUGAAGAGUAAGGAGCGCAGCGACGUGGGGCACGAGCAGGGGGGGACUGAGCCCCUUCCCCUGGCUGCCACAGAGGAGCUACUAGAUUUCCACAUUGGGGAUAGGGUGUUGAUCGGCAGUGUUCAGCCAGGUACUCUUCGGUUCAAAGGUGAGACUGACUUUGCUAAAGGGUUCUGGGCUGGAGUGGAGCUGGACAAGCCUGAAGGAAACAACAAUGGGACCUAUGAUGGGAUUGUGUAUUUUGUGUGCAAAGACAAGCAUGGUAUUUUUGCUCCUCCUCAAAAAAUAUCUCACCUUCUAGAAAACUUUGAUGAUACAGACAUAAAUGAAGAUGAAGAGUCUUACUCAGAUGAACAGUACCAACCCUAUAAUCAAGAGCAGAAAGAUAUAAAAUGUCUAAAAGACAGAGAAAACAAUAUAGCUGAAUAUUUUUGUGAGAAGUCACUUCCUAGUAUGCAUAAUACAGAUGCCUCAGUGGAUAAAGAUAGAAGCCUUAACAUAGAAACAGAUACUUCUGAGGUCCUAGAGGUCCAUGGUCACCAACAGCCUUCAGUAGAUCCUCUGAUUUCUUAUAAGGAGAACAAAGUCCUUGUUUCUGAUGCCACAGAGAGUGUUCCUGCUGCUGCGGGUGCUGCUACUUCAGACAACACGUUUUCUGGAGAAUCAAAGCAACAGCAGCUUGCAGAGAAGGAAGAGAACUUUUAUUCUCAAGUUUUGGAAAAGCCCUCUACCCCUCUUCUGGAUCUUUUAACAAGAGAAAAAAACCAAUUAGAAGCUCAGCUGAAGUCAUCAAUAAGUGAAGAAAAAAAGUCAAAGCAGCAACUAGAGACAGUCAGCUUACUAACAGACAGUUUACUACAAGUCUUUGUGAAAGACACAGUUAGUCAACUACAACAAGUCAAAAAGGCUAGAAAUGAGAAAAUCCAGCUUAGCAAUCAGGAGUUUCUUGACCAAAAGAAAGUACCACCCCAAGACCUACCCCAAAAUACUGAAGAACAAUCACCCAGUGUUCCAAGUUGCUUUUUAAGGUCUGAAUUGGAAGAUGAAAAAGAAGAGAUUUCUUCUCCUGAUAUGUGUCCCAGACCUGAGAGCCCAGUGUUUGGUGCCAGUGGGCAGGAAGAGCUAGCUAAGAGACUUGCUGAACUUGAGAUCAGCCGAGAGUUCCUGAGCGCAUUAGAUGAUCAAGACUGGUUUGAUGAAGAUUUUGGUUUGAGCUCUUCUCACAAGAUCCAAAAGAAUAAGGCAGAAGAAACAAUCGUACCUCUAAUGGCAGAACCUAAGCGAGCACCCCAGAAGCCAUGUGAGACAUUAUUGGCAGUUCCCCAUACGGCAGAGGAAGUAGAAAGCCUUGUCCAUAAUGCAGCAGAGGAGCUUUGGAAAUGGAAAGAGUUGGGUCAGGACCUUCAUGGCCUCAGUCUUCCUACCACGUUCCUUGGUGGUGCCAGCAAAGGUCUAGACAUAGGCAGCACAAGUAGAAGAGUCUACAAACAGGCGGUUUUUGAUUUAACAAAAGAGAUUUUUGAGGAAAUAUUUGCUGAGGAUCCCAACGUGAAUCAGCCUGUCUGGAUGAAGCCAUGCAGAAUCAAUUCUAGUUAUUUCCGACGUGUGAAAAAUCCAAAUAAUCUUGAUGAAAUCAAGCACUUCAUAACAACCGAAGUACUCAAACUGCUUAGUCUCAAGAAGGAGCCAAACCACAAAACAGAUUGGCAGAAAAUGAUGAAGUUUGGACGGAAGAAAAGAGACCGAGUAGAUCACAUCCUGGUCCAGGAGCUGCACGAGGAGGAGGCACAGUGGGUGAACUAUGAUGAGGAUGAGUUGUGUGUGAAGAUGCAGCUGGCUGAUGGGAUCUUUGAGACCUUGAUCAAAGAUACUAUUGAUGUUCUCAAUCAGAUCAGUGAAAAGCAGGGGAGAAUGCUACUUGUGUGACAUCUUGCAAAUAAAUCGAACACUGAGUGCUAACAUGAGUCCUGGGCCUUUCUGCCUUCUGAUAUACACCCCAUCUCCACCAUAGCAAGAAUGCUUCUGGACCUUGAACCUGUUCUUAUGGACUGCUGGUUUGGAGUUCAUGGGACAAUGUGGUAUAUCUGGUAUUACAGCCUUUGCCUUUACAGACUGUCCACUGGAUUACGUGGUUUUUUCCCGUGGGCAGGGCUAUACUCUGAUGCUGAGACUUGGUAUCACCUCAUUAGCACCCAUACCUACUAGGUCUCAGAUGAGGGCUGAGAACACCAGACUGACCUCUGAGCUUAGACAAAGCUUGAGUGUCCUCAUGAGACUUGCGUCUCCGCAGGAAAGAGAGGUACAUAGAUUCUUCUUUUAACUUUCAAAACAUAAUCCUGGUCUAUACAAUGAAACUCACAAAUGGACAUGCUAGUCUCUGAACAGUAUUAAACCCAUAACCACUUUAAAAUAGGCAAACGCAAGAUUGUCUGCCUAUUUUACAUUCUGGAGUUUAUUUCUUCUUGAAGACCAUUUUCUUCCAUUCUUGAAGUUAAGCAGCACCAAGUGGAUGUCAGAAAUAAGUGGGAGCUUUGCUUUGGGCACCACCUAAAAACUAUAACCCAUUGCACUGUGUUUAAUUUUCCUGUCUGGGCAGAACCCAGUGAAGACGAGGCUCCAGGACUGCUGCGGGCUGUUCCUCCGCCCUGGUCCCACCCCUGCUCUCUCCUCAUCUGUCCUAACCUCUACCAGCUGCUCUCAGAAUCGUAGAUACUCAGGACCAUCUCAGGCAUCCAGGCAUGGCAAAAGUGGAAAGACCUCAUUUUGGCCUUCAAACGUUGACUUCCCAUCUCUCCCGCAGAAGUCAGUGCUGUUACUUGAAUGAGUUAGAAAAUGAGUGGCGCACCAAAGACAAGAAGAUCCUGUCCAGAGUCUGCCUGCUUGUUUGGCUCUGUGGAAUAUUUUUAAUUUAUUUUAAGGUAAAUUAUUAAGUUGAAAAUGUGUGUCCCUAUUGAGAAGUGAAAGAUUCUCAUCAUUGUAAACCUCCGUCUCGAAGCUUCUACAGUUUAAUCUUCGCACAGGAAAGCUGCAGUUUUAAUAAAUCUAUACACACACUGAAGAAGUCAGUUCAGUUCAUCAAAAAGACAACAGACGUUUACACCGUCACCCGGGCAGCAGGACAGGACAGGACUCGAAAGACUAAAGUUUAUCCUGCCUUUCUUGCAGCAUUGCAUCUUACAACCAUUACCUGCAUCUGAGGAACAUCUCCAGACUCCAGCUGCUACCUUUGAGCACCUGGUGCUCUCCUGGGCCCUUAGCACCUGCCUUCUUGACUGGUUUCUCUUCAUCAGUCCUGUCCUUCCUAAUCCCAGGGAAUGAGGAUGAUCUGAGGCGUGUGUGUAAAUGCCUUAACCCUAACAGUCGCGGCUAGAACAGCAUGGUAAGACAUCCGCUGGGGUCACACUUACAGACACCCUGGACAUUAUGGCUUCAAAACACAUUAGAAAACCCAAAGACAGCGUAACCCUUAAGUAUGCACGUUUGUUCUUUUCUGCAUCUUCCUUCCCUACUUGCCAUUGCAUCUCUGAUGUCUCACUCUGCACACGUCACUCCUCUUGCGUUUCAUCCUGUCAUUACACAACAUUUGCUGAAACCAUCAUUGGAUAUUUGCAUUUUGCACAGUGACUGGUGUGCUAGCUCUUGACAAUAAGAAAGCACUGAACUGUUCCAAUUGGGUCUCCUGAAUGCUCAGGUGGGUGUCUCAUCAGCAUCUCUUCUGUGCUUUUGCUGUUGAGCUGUCGUCUUUAGCCAUAAUGAGCAGGUUGACGAAGAGAAGAAAGGUUUCUCGAGGUUCUUAGUAGUGUGGAAAUAGUUUUCAUGUGGCCAAUGAAAGCAAAGAUAGUUCUCCUCAGUUUGUGUUCCUUAGGAGACAGGAGACAUCUGUGUCCAUCCCUUGACUGUUUGUAGGAUCAUAUUGUCUUUAUGAAACUGAACUUUACAGCUGCUAUAAGUUUUUUUAUAAAUGAAAAUCAAAUUAUAAUAGGAAUAUAGGUUGUUUUCCAUGUCUUCAUUAUUUGGACCUGAGGUUAAUUUUUUAAUAAGACAGUGUAUCUUUUACUCUCUACAUUAUCAUGCCAGAAAAGGAAAAACUUACUGCUGUAAGUCCAUAGGCUCAGCGACCUGGACAGUGCCGAGAUCGUGGCAGUGGCCGUCCUAACCUCCGCUAGCUGUCUUCACUAUCCAAGAACCCUGCAUUCCAGAUGCGAGGCGGGAGUAAGCCAGUCUCCUCCUUUGCUAGCAAUUACAGCUCCAGUUUGGUAGCAAAAACAAGUGAGUCUAUAGAGUUAACAGGUUUCUUCCUAUUUUAACUAUUUGGAUCUAACUGGGUGGGUUUACUGUUAGGGUCAGGAAUGAUGGAUGUGGCUGCCCAGCCACUCACUCGGUCCACACUGGGGUCUUUUUAAUGAAGCUCUGCCUCAUAACCAAGAACCUAAGAAUGCCCUCUUCCUAACUUUGCCCCUCCCCUACACCCGCGCCCUCCUGUCUGUCUGCAUUGAUUCCUCUAAACGAUCUUUGCAUCUGCAGUAAUACCUUUUAGUAUAGCACUGUCAGUACCUGGUAGUAAACCACCAUGGAGGCUUCAGAUUGACAUCUGAGUCCAAACAAUUUGUGCUAUCCAGGGCAGUUAACUCUGGGUUAAACUAGUACAGGGUAUCGAUUCCCUCUUCAGGUCUAAACAGGAAUUUUUACUCUAGGGAAAAGUGGAAAGAGCUCAAAAGUAGUUUAUAAGGAAGGUGACUUCCUUCUGUGACUACAGGUCUCUGAGAAAUUGUCUUUCAAAAGAGAUUGCAUUGCUCAUAAGAGUGUUGUGGCCUAUUGAUAAAAACAAUUUUGUUCACUUUCUUGUCUUGAAAAAAAAGUGGCCUUAGCUUUUUGCAAUACUUGAAUAAAGUGUGUACUUGCAAAAGAAUUUCUGUAGCACAGCAUUAGAGACUCAUAACUUUUCUGCAAGAAAUUCAAACUUACAUCUUCCUUUUACUACCUUAAGAAUACUAGUGAAUAAAACAUUAAUUCAAAGAGCAAGUGAUAGAAACUACAAUGCCGUUUAAUGCAAAUUGUAGGAAUUUACAUGUUUACAAAUCAUCUUAAACUGGUUGUGCAGCAAUUCAAUAAAAUCUUUGUAUUAUAAAAAUGUGAAGAAAGUGUAAACCGGUGUAAAGGAAGCACCGUUGUUGUAACUAAGCUGUGGAAAAGCUUUUCCUUCUGGACUUUGCAACGCCUUCUUGGUUACACAUUGCAAAGCAUUCUCUAGGGGGCUCAGCCUCCUCGUGUGUACUGUACUGUGCAGACAUGAAAAAUAAACCCGUUUACUGUGUGUGUGUAAAUAGCCUGAUCAUCAGGCCAUCUUCAGCCAAUAGUCACCCCCUGCAGCCCUUAGACGUCUGCACAGAAGCCCUAGGGUGUGGUUUGUAAGUACGCUCUGUAAAAUAACUGGGAUGAAGUCCCAUGUAUACCCAUGUACAUAGAUUUGUUAACUAAAAUGUACUUUAAGAUGAAAUCUGUAAAUAAAUUGAUUUAUAAAUUAA